AUGUACACCAAGCACAUUGUGGCCUUGUUUUGUUUCGUCUUGUUGUGUGAUGUUGUUGCUGUCAAUGCAGCAGCAGACAUUCUCUCACAAAUGAUGGAACAAAUUCAACAAGUAAAAUCAUCAUCGUGCAGGUACACUGCCACAGGUGUUGAUUUCUCACAAUGUAACGGUUAUUCUAAAGGCAUACUUCCUCCCAUGUAUGCAAUGUUAGGAUAUAAUCCAACCUCGACCGAUCUAUUCACCCUUCCUAUCACCGAACCGAGUACAAACAUUAUUGUUGAGGGAUAUUUUAACCCUCAGGAUGUUCUGCCGAAUGUAUGCGAAUUCGAAAGUGGCUAUUCUACACUCUUCCAAAAUUCAACACCUAAUAACUCUGAAUUUACACCAAAUUUAUUUUGGAAUUUCAAUACUAAUGACUAUUCAAAUAUAUUUGGAAAUGUUCUUGACAUUCAACAUUCGUGUUCACUUCAAAGUGAAACCUUUGUUGCGUACAAAACUAAUUCAGCAAAUCUUGAUUCUAAUUUCAAGAAAAUUAUUUCACUACUUCCUAUGGAGUAUAAUGAACAAGUUUAUUCUUUAUUUUACAAUAGUUAUGGACCUUUAGUUUCAAAAGGUAAAUAUGGAGGAAGUAGAAUUGAGACAAUUGUAAAAUCUUCAAAUUUAGGUGUGAAUAGAGAUAGUUCAAAAGUGAAAAUUGUUGGUGGUUAUUCUGAAAAGGAUAAACAGAGUUGGUCUUAUUCUGUCUAUAGGAAUCCAACUAUGGUUGAUGUUGAGUUGAUUAGGAUGAGUGAUUUUAUUAGAAAUUUGAAUUUGGCCUCUAGUAAGGUGAUCAAAAACAUGAUUAGAUUUGAAAAAUCAUUGUUAACAAGUAUUUCUAGUAGAGAUGUAUACCAAUCGAUCUUGGAGCAAAACCGUCCUUGUAAGAAUAUUAUACUUUCUAAUAUGUAUGAAAUCUAUAUACACUAUGCAUGCUAUGUUCCAAACGUGUACACAAAUGACUUAAUUUCAAGAACCUAUGGUUAUCAAACCAAAUCAGAAAACAUUUUCAAAUAUGGGGUUAUGGGAAAGGUUUGGAAUUUAGAUUUAAAAUGUGGUCCUUCAGAAACAAUGAAUUUUGACAGAAAUCAUAAAUCAAAAUUCUUUUCAUUGCGUUCCAAUAAUGAGCCACCUCAAUACCCUUUCACUAGACCAGUAUAUUUUGAUUUGAAUGAAUUUAAUAGCCAAAACAAAAAUGACUACCGACAUUUCAGAGAGGCAGCACCCUAUUGGAAAUCAGAUAUUGGAAGUAGGACACCUUUAGGAAUUUUGGGUUACUGCUCUCCAGUCAAGUUAAAAGGUAUGAAGCCAUUGAAUUUAUACAAGUAUAGCAUCAAUGAAGGGUUUGGACAUUAUUUGAGUAUUUAUUCACCUUCAACACCACCUUUAGAAUACAAUAUUGGUUAUACAUAUCCUCCAGAUACUGGUAUUGUACAGAAACAAAUCGAAUCAGGAGAUCCUGAUUUGAUAUAUUUCAAAGUUUGUGUGGAAUUGGAAACAGAUUAAGAGGCAGGAUAAAUAUAACACAUAAAAUAUUCUUUUUUG